GACACACUCCUCGGUGACUGCCUAGAUUGAAAGAGGAUAACAAAUAAAUACAACAGACAAAGGUUGGAAAAAAACAAGCUGUAAGAAACUGACGGACAACAGUUCUCACUUAAGAAGUAAAGACUGCUAUCAAGAUGUCUGGCUCUACCCUGGAAGAAGAUGAGUUGCCUGCCAAUCACACAGGUCCAAAAGGUGUAAUUAAUGACUGGCGAAGGUUUAAGUUGGACAGUGUGGCUCAGACUGUCCCUCAAAGAAGGAAAGAGCUGCUCAGACAAAUGUCAAGUCCACGAGAGGAUGACAAAGAGAGAGUCAACCGAAAGAUGAGCGUUCAGGAGUACGAACUGAUCCAAGAGGAGGAUGAACAUUGCCUGAAACGCUACAGAAAGAAUUGUAUGCAGGAAAUGCAUGAGCGCCUGAGCUUCGGUCCUACGUUUGAAGCAGUCUAUGAGCUUGAGAGUGGAGAAGACUUCCUGGAGGUCAUAGAGAAGGAGCAUCGGUUGACGCCAGUGGUAGUCCACAUCUACCAGCAUGGUGUCAAAGGCUGUGAACAGGUGAACUCAUGUCUGGACUGUCUGGCUUCAGAGUACCCCAGUGUUAAAUUUUGUCGUAUUGAUGCUGUGGCAACAGGUGCUGCUGAGCGCUUCUCCUCUGAGGUUCUUCCUACUCUGCUGGUGUACAAAGCGGGGGAGUUGCUGGGCAAUUUCCUGGCUGUUACCAAACACUUCAAUGAAGAGUUCUUUGCAACGGAUGUGGAGGCGUUUCUUAAUGAAUAUGGCUUGUUACCUGAGAAGGAGUUCACAGCAUGUGCUGAUGAUGAGGACGAGGGAGGGGAAGUGGAAUAGAAAGAGAAAGGAUGAUGGUUAAGAGAAGGGUAAGAAAGGAGGAAUUGUAGUGGAGGGAAGUGCAUGAAAGCAGACAAAGAUGAAACAAGAAGAGGACAAAGGAAAGGGGAGCUGAGGAAAGGAGUUGGAAGAAAUGGAGGGCAAAUACAAAGACGCACACAAGAGUUAAGAAAGUAUAUACAUUACAUGUGCAGAUAGACACACAGCAGUAAACAUCGGCCAACACACACUGAAUGCUGAUUGUAUUUAGAAGCAAUUAGGUAGGUGUAAACCACAUGGUGUGAGAAAGUCUGUCCUGAAAUACUGCUUUGCAGUCAUGUCAUAGU